AUGGCGCUGGAUAUGGGUUCUGAGCUGCAGCACAAGGCCGGUGGCAAGUCAGAGGCCUGCGUCCUUGACGAAAGCGAGGCACAAACCCAGGGACAGGAACUUUACGACGCCUGGCAGGUUUUGGAUGACAUGGUGGAGCAAACAUGCAUGUCGCUCACUGCGGGCACAGUCACUGCACACAGAGAGAUGGGAGAGCGCCGGCCCGUCCCGGACAACAGUCGCUACGUUGAGCCGCAGGUUAAGGUCUACGCUCCGUGCCCGACCUGUCGCGCCGAGGUUGGGCUUGAGCUGAACGAAAACGGCAUUCUUAGUAUCCCGGUUGUUAUUGCCACAGAGAAGCAUUUGGUCCAUCUCCGAAACUGGGCGAGAUGGAGAAGAGCCGAGGACGACGAGUUGCUGGCCCAAGGCUUGCCCCUUCCUGAGACGGCAUGUCCGUGGCGUCGGGUGGCUAUCGGGACAACGGCUCGUUACAAGACUCGUUCAGAAGAGGAAGCCGAAGAUGACAAGAACUGGCUGAGCGACGAGGAGUCGGAAGAGGAUGAGCCCGAGGAUGAGGCCGAGACUUACAGAACAAGGCCUCAAGAUGAAACGAGGUGGACCUUGACGGCGGAUGAUGCCGUCGCCCACGAUAAUAGGGUCCCUGGAGGUCGUCCACCAGUGGUGCGGCUGAUGGCAUCGUCGCCUGCCUCCCACGGUUGGGGACCUGGUGAUGCGCCACCAAUUCCUGUUGCAGAGGCGGCGUCGUCUCCAAGAGCAGGUCCAUCCCAGGCACCAAGCUAUCCAAACAGGGGCUUUGGCCCCUUUUCCGGUGGCUGGCCUGCUCCUGGAUCAAGUACCUUCUCCAAUCGUUUGCUUAUCCCGAUGGUCAUUCACCGACAUCCACCUCGCAUGAGAAGCAGACCCCGAGGAGAUGAGAGUUUUGUGGACGGCAGCAAUGAGGAAGAGGUAAGAGCCACCCUUGCCAUGGUCUCAAAGUGGCGCUCAGCGAGCUAA